UUUUCGAAGUCUGGCGUCGUUAUUUAGCAUAUGAUGGAAAAGAGGAUAUGGCAGAACUACAUUUAAUAGGCCAAAUCAUCGGAGGAACAGAGUUUACAGAGAAAUCCAUCUUCUGCCGUUGGCAACUAUCUUCAGGCAACAAUUGGCGUGUUCUCGAAGGUACUACAGAGGGUCAGACGCAACUCGACACUCCGCAAAUUGGCUCACUGACUAGUUGGAAUCAUCCGCUGGAUGUACACUGGGCUACCAGAGGUCUUCAGGGCUGGCCACAAAUUCAUUUUCAAAUUUACCAUCUUGACGCUUACUCGCGAACUAACCUGAUCGGCUACGCUUCUGCAUCCAUUCCUACGCGUCCUGGUAUUCACUACGUCGAUGCUCCGGCGUGGAGACCCUUAGGAACAUUUACCGAAGAACUGAUGCGCCACUUUAUUGGCGGUGGAAUCGAGCUAACCGACGCUGAACGUAUCCAAAACGGAGCCGAUCGAUCCCGUUUGAAGACAGAAGCGGCUGGUAAAGUUCAUUUGGAAAUCGGAUUAAUCUUCCGGGAUUUCAAAAAGUUCGGCAUCGAGUACUGA